AUGCACGUGCUACAUCUCGUCCUCCUAUUAAUGCUCGAGUCGUCGGCUAUCGGUGAAAAAAUAAAAAUUGGCCUGAUUUUGGCAGAGCCAUUUGCUUCGAUACACCCGGAUUGCCAGUGUGCACCUGAUUCUGAAAAAUGUAGAGGAAAUAGUCGAUAUCGAGGGUUUUGCGUGGAUUUGUUACAGUUCAUAUCAGCUGCCGCCAAGGAUUUCGACUAUGAGCUGAAAAACGAUACCCGAGUUGGUCGACGGCACACUUCCGGUGACUGGGAUGGAGCUCUUGGGCAGUUAUUUCGUAACGAUACCGACUUAGUGAUCGGUCCGAUAAGUAUCACGGCGAGCCGAGCCGCUAGCUUCGAGUUUACACAGCCGUUUCUGAACACUGGGAUCUCAGUGAUGAUCAAAAAGCCGCAACGGGUGGAACCCGGCCCCUUCUCCUUCCUCCAAGCAUUCAGCGUCACCACGUGGGGAUACAUUAUUUUUACCUACGCCGGGAUGAUUUUCCUACACGUUUUCUUACUCUACAAACGCAUCAAACGAAACUACGGGGAGCCGAUGAGGGCCUAUUCCGAAAAGAUACUACGUACAAUUUGCUACGUCUUCACGCUUUUUGUCUUUGGAUUGUACACAGCAAAUUUGUCGACGAUAAUACAACAUAAUUUGAAUGAAAAAGCGGCAAAAUACGUAGAUGGAGGGCCGGUUCCAGAAUCCCUUGACGAACUAUUGGAUGGAAAACUUGGGAUUCAGCUGGCAGUUGUUAAAGAUGGCUCCACUUCUCAAUUUCUACAAUACUCCCCAAGCACGUUGUAUUCAAGAAUUUGGAAAAAGAUGAUGGAUCAGGGCCCAGAAUCAUUUGUAUCGAGCUAUCCAGAAGGAAUCUCGAGAGUGCGGAAAAGUCAGGGGAAAUUUGCAUUUUUGCUCGAAGAAACAGCGAAUGCCUACGUAAAUGGCAGAAGGCCAUGUGAUACGAUGAAAAUAGGAGGCCUCCUAAAUGGCGUUGGAUACGGUAUCAUCGGCCACAAGGGCUCUCAAUUGAUUCCCCUGAUCAAUGAAGCGCUUCUCAACCUGAAGGAAAAGGGCGAACUCUUGCGCUUGGAGGACAAGUGGUGGAAACAGCAGUCAGAGUGUAACGUCGAGACGGAUCUCAGCCCAGGCCUAAAAUUCCGCGCUAUUGUCGGGCUAUUCUAUUUCAUUGCCGUGAUGUUGGCGCUGAAUCUGGUAUUUGCAGUUUUUGAGAACGUCAUCUGCCGCACAAAGAAAACGUUGGAAAGCACCGGCCUAACGAGU